CGGGCGCCGCCGUGAGGGGCCGGCGGCGCUUGGGGCGCUCACACCGGCGGGGAGCCGCAGCCAUGUUCGGCGGCCUGGGGCGCUGCUUCGAGGAGGACCCCUUCUUCCGCGAUCCUUUUGCUGCACACCAUGAAUAUAUGCGGCAGAUGAUGAGAAGCUUUUCUGAUCCUUUUGGACGAGAUCCAUUUCUCAGUAUAACAGAUGGUGGGGAGAGAACAGUAGAUCGAAGAGCACGCCAGGACUCUCAGGUUGCUCUAAGAGGAAAUCGCAGAGCAACAAGCUGCUCCUUCAUGCCCUUUGCAGGCUUUGGUAGAGUGGAUGCAGAUUUUGGGGAACCUUUUUUUGCCAUGGACAGGAUGAUGUCAAAUAUGAGAAACAGUAUGCUGGAAAUGCAAAGAAAAUUUGAUGACCUGUCCAUCCAUCCGGAUGCACACACAUUCAGCUCCUCCUCUGUGAUGACCUACUCCAAAAUAGGGGAUGAACCACCAAAAGUUUUCCAAGCUUCAGCUCAGACACGCACAGCUCCAGGAGGUGUUAAGGAGACAAGAAAAGCACUUAAGGAUUCUGAAAGUGGACUGGAAAAAAUGGCUAUUGGUCAUCAUAUUCAUGAUCGUGCUCACGUCAUUAAAAAAUCAAAGAACAGCAAGACAGGUGAUGAGGAAAUGAACCAAGAAUUCAUCAACCUGGAUGAAACUGAGGCCCAGACCUUUGAUGAAGAGUGGCAGAAAGAGAUUAUGAAGUUCAAGCCAUCUAGAACUAGAUGCACUUUAGAAGCUCCGAAAUACAGAAGUAUUCAUCACAUACCCAAGGAAGGUGGAUUAAGAAGAGAGAAACCACUUGCAGUUGCGGGUUCCAGGGACCCCAGAGCUUCUGUGGAGAAUCUCAAUGUGAAAGGAACGCAUGUCCCCAUCAAAAGCAGCAAAAAAUAAAUUGCUUCCAUUCUCCACUUGAAUGGAGUUUCUUCAGAGAGGAUAAUGGUGCUGCGUUGCUUAUGUUCAUAUAAGUAUACAGUAUAUAUGACCAAUCUCUGUUUUUUGUUUUAGGAAGUAUUAGUGUGCCUUGCUACUCCAAUCGUUUGACAACUGAAUGUUCUUUAAAACUUCAGAUCCUUUGUUAAAUCUUCUAGUUUCAGUAAAUUGAGAACCCAACAACUUUCCACUUAAAAGCACUUUAAAGGAUUAUGACUAAUUCUGUUUAAAAAAAAAAAAACCAAACACAAAAGCUUUGAUUUGGAAGAUUUUUCUGUUACAACUGCACCAGUCUCAGAUUUUUUAUUAAGUCUGGUAAUGAAACUACUUUUUCUCCACACUGUAACUUGCACAGAAAGUAAAUUCUCUUUUUUUUUAUUGUGUGGCUAAAAAUAAUUAUUAAUUUUCUAGGUAAUACAGCAAUCUGAAUACACUAUAACCACUAUAUAUAUAUCUUUAAAAUCAUAUUGUUAAUUGUCACAGAAUCCCCAGAUUCACCUUGAUUUAACAGCAAGAAAAGUGAGGGAAAUACUAAAAUGACAUACUUUAAAUAAAUUUUAGUGUAUUAGCGUUCUUAUGUUCAUAAGCUGUGCUUGCAUCUCCUACUUUCUGUGCCUAGACUGUCAGUUUUGUAUUUCGGAGCCUUUGUACACUUCCUUUGGAGGUGGCCCAUUAUUUUUCAUUCUCCAAGAUUCUCUGUAGUAGCUUUUGAUUAUUCUGUAAUAAUACCACUGUGUCUGUGUCUUCAGAAACUCAGCUGUAACUUAGUUAUUAAUCAGAAAAAGAUGUGGGAGAAAUUGGUUGAGUAGGCAGUAGUUUAACUGGAUAAUGAGUGAUUACACCACUCCUUCUGUUCUAAAAAGGUAAGAGCCCUUGCAUACAGGAACCCAUUUCCCCCCUUGGCUGAGACAAGGUGUGUCUGUAUUCCCUCCUGUCCUGUUUUAGUGGAUGUAGAAUGAUCCUAAAUCUAGCACUUGAUCUCCCUUGACGUUGUUAUUCUUUGGUUAAAGAGUCUGGUGCUCUAGAGGAAAGCCAGCAGUGUGACUGCGAACAGGAAAGGCCUUUGUAGUAGAAGGGUUAAGUUCGUAUGCGGUUUUGUUAUGCAGAAUUGAUACCCCCCAUUGUAGCGUAAAUAACUUCUGUAGACUAUAAUGUUACAGCAUUAGCACUAUAGAGUAUAUUUCAAGGCUAAAAUAUUACAAUGGAGCCUUAAAAAAAAGGCAGUAUUUAUAUGAUAAAGGAAAAUAGGUUUAGUAAGUUAAGAUUAGUAUUUGUUUGGCCAGAAAGGAAAUGGCCUUUAGCUCCUAUGUUUCUGUGGAUUCCCCAGAUUAUUUAAUUCUCUUUAUUAACGUGCAAAAAUAAUCAGAAGUACUUUUGUUGAACUCUGACAAGGCAAAGACAAUUGGUUCUUUGUUUGUUUAAUGCAACGGCCUCUUCCCGUGAUUGGAGCAGAUAUUAGUGGCACUAAGUUUGUGCUAUGAACCAUUCUACAAGCAGCCAAGGUAAGCGGGUGGUAAGGGGGUAGCAGCCUUUGACAGAGGUGUGAUACCGCAGUCAUGCUUGCUAGGGAUGUCUGCUAGAACCCUGAAUUGAAAGGAUGCUUUUACUCUCCUUAAAAAGUAAGAGCACAGCUCCAGGGCCACGUCUUCCAUAGCCUGAAGAGAACAUCAAUAUUGCAAUAAAUGUCAUUGAGAAUCUAAGGCUGUGGAGGUGCUUUCCAGGUAUGUCAUUUAAAUUUCCCAGCAAUAAACAACAUAAAAGUUUUUCGUGUUGUAACUUGAGAAGAAAUCCUUGAUUGGAGAGAUGCUGCUAUUUAAUGGAAAAUAGUAUUCAUCUGGCUACUUGUCUGUGCUUUACUGAGAUAAAAAACAUGGUACGUGUACAUAAUCAGUAACACAAGUACAUACUAUGGUUUUAUACUUAUAGAGGAAAGAGGCUAAUACUCAUUACAGAUUACCCUGUUAUGCAAAGCAAUGUUCUAAAAUGUACCGCAAAGAACUUGUUCUGUGUAGAAACAUCUGAAACUGUUAUUCUUUAUUAAAGUUAUAUAUUAUU